AUUCGAUGUCCAGUACUGCCACCACUACAUAACGGCUACAUUGAAGGUGCAGAAACAAAUUUUGGGGCAAUGAUUGUCUUCAGAUGUUUAGAGGCGAUGAGUCAUAUUGGAGCACCGUACGCGAAAUGUGAGGAGAAUGGACGUUGGUCACAUCCAAUGCCUAAGUCAGGCGGCUGUCGAGUACCCGCCAUAGUGAAUGGACACAUUGAUGGUUAUUCGGCGUCGCAGCUUGUUUUGCAUGGUGAACGACUCAAUGUUGAAUGUAAUGAGAAGUAUGAAACUGAAGACGAAACAAUCAUUUACUGUCAUAACGGCACGUGGUCUCAUAUACCUUCUUGUGUUCCUGAAACUCUGCAAUAA